AUGAAAGCUUUAAUCCAGCGUGUUACAGCUGCUAGUGUGACAGUUGAUGGUGAAUUAAUCAGCUCAAUCGGUAGAGGACUCUGUAUAUUGAUUGGCAUAUCAAGAUAUGACACAGAUAAAGAUCUUGAUUACAUUUCUAGGAAGGUUUUAAGCCUAAGAUUAUUUGAAGAUGGAGAGAAACGUUGGACAAAGAAUGUCAUGGAAAAAAAUUUAGAAAUAUUAUGUGUUAGCCAGUUCACAUUGUAUAGUGUAUUAAAAGGAAAUAAGCUAGAUUUCCAUAACGCUAUGGCUGCAGAUUCAUCGAAACAGCUCUAUGAAAAAUUCUUAUCGCAGCUGAGAUCUUCCUAUAAACCUGAAGCAAUUAAAGAUGGAUUAUUCGGUGCUUAUAUGCAAAUUGAUAUCCGCAAUGAUGGACCUGUAACAUACCAACUAGAAUCUCCUCAGACCGCUAAGUAG